AUGUCUACUACAACGACUACGGAAGCACCAGAAUUCAUCCCGAAGCUUCAAUCUCCUUCGCAACGAAAUUUCAAAUACUCCGAAGCUUAUAUUCCCGCUCUCACCCAGCAAUGCCACGCCUCCAACCUUCUCCUUCUACCAAAUGGCGAUCUACUCUGUGUCUGGUUCGGGGGGAGUAUUGAAGGUCGGCCAGACAUAUGCAUCUAUAUGUCUCGCCUCUCAUCUGGACAAGAUGCUUGGACAGAUGCCGUCAAGAUGACACACGACCAUACCCGCAGCGAGCAAAACCCCAUCCUCUUCCGCGUUCCGUCCACGGGUGAAAUUCGAUUGCUUUACACAUCGCAAGAUGCGGGAAACCAAGAUUCCGCAAUUGUUAAGCAAAUUGCAUCAACAAAUAAUGGAGCUACUUGGUCCGAUCCAACAAUUUUGUUUGGAGAUGCAGGCACAUUUAUUCGACAGCCUAUUGUUGUUUUGAAAGAUGGUGCUUGGGUAGUCCCUAUUUUCAAAUGCCGCGCAGAGCCCGGUGAACGCUGGCUAGGAAGCGAUGAUAUCUCCUGUAUUCGGAUCUCGAAAGAUGAAGGGGCUACAUGGAUCGAAAAGGAGAUUCCGAACAGCUACGGAUGUGUGCAUAUGAAUAUCCAGCAGUUAAAGAAUGGGAGUUAUCUCGGGCUAUACCGAAGUCGAUGGGCAGAUAACAUCUAUCUAUCGACUUCAACAGAUGGGGUUGACUGGAGUGAACCCAAGCCGACGAUCUUGCCAAACCCCAACGCAGGCAUUUGCUUUGAUGUUCUAGCGUCCGGCCGUGUUGUAUUAGUCUAUAACCACUCCUCGAAAAAGGACGCUGUGGGUCGCCGAGAUGGCUUAUACGAUGAUAUCAGCGACGGCACAGAUACUCGCGCCAACCAAGCAAGCAAACAUGGAAAAGAGGCCUUCUGGGGUGCCCCAAGAGCCCCUUUGAGCGUGGCUUGGAGUAAUGAUAACGGAAACACUUGGCAAUGGAAGACCCUCGAGGAAGGAGAUGGCUAUUGUCUGACAAAUAACAGCGAAAAGAAGCUCAACCGCGAGUUGUCGUAUCCAAGUAUUCUGAUUGAGCGUGAUGGGUCAAUCCAUAUUGCCUUCACGUUCUGGAGGCAACGGAUCAAGUAUGUUAGACUAGCCGAAGAUUUCUUCCAGUGA